ACCGUGCUCCUCCUCUUCACUCUCUCCAGCUUCUUCCUACACCUCCUCAUCCUCCUAGGAUCGACAUCCAAUACCCCAUUUCUAGGCUCCCUCUACUUUAUCCGCUUCUAUGACACAUGGCGGGCGAAGGACUGCACGCACACACCCGGUUUGAGUAAUUUUUUCCAAGUUGGGCUGUGGAAUUACUGUGAAGGUUCCGCCGGCGGGGUCUUCAGGUGUGAGCACCCGAAGGAAUUUUGGUGGUUUGAUCCGGUGGAAGAGAUGGUUGAGAGGUUGUUUAGCGGAGCCGGUGGUUAGUUCUCGUCCGAAGCCCUGACAGAGGAUAUAUGUUGACGGAGGAGAGUGGGGGGGGGUUAUUAUAGUUCCAAUUUCAGACACCGUCUCCCGCACAGCCCACAAAGCAAGGAGGGCUGGUUAUUGUGUAUUCAUAUUCUACUUCCUAUCACUAAUAUUUAGCAUUGCUACUCUUAUGCUUGGUACAGUACCUUGCUGUCUCCUCCACCCCUCCACAAGCUAACCAAAUGCCAGACGUGAUUCCCUCCCAUCGCCGCUGGAGCCCUAUACUCUCCAUCUUCACAUCCUCCUUCUCGGCUUUCUUUAGUGCUAUAGGGGCAGUAAUCUCCACGGCGCUCUACUGCCUCUACAGAAACUUCUUAGAAGACCUCCAGGAAAUUCAUAUCCAAGGAGCCCUCGGCAGAAAUAUGUUCGUCGUUAUGUGGGCUGCCACCAUCAUUUCAGCCUCAAGCUCGAUGAUGAGGAUUAUGUGUGGGUGUUGGAAUCCAGAGCGGAUCAGGGAUGGGAGGGGAGGCGGGCGG